CGGGAUUUACUGUUGCAAAGAGAUUUGCAAUUCCAGAUGAACUCUGGAAAGAAGAUAAGAAAAAGUCAGCUACUGGUGUUACAUUUGAUGGGAGCCAUCUCACCAUGAAGAAAGUAGCAAAAAAUGUUCAGAUCACCAUUGGUGGUGGAAUAUUUAUCAUCCAGAAUGUUUGGCAAUCUGAAGGCCAAGGAUCUGAUUUCUUGUUGAGAAAUGAUUUUAUUCUCCAACAACGAUUCAUUCAGGAUGAAGAAGCGAUAGGCUUCAGAAAAGGAGAACGGGUGUUCUGGGCAGACCGACUCACACAGGCAAAAAGUGUGGUAGGUCCCGGUUUUACUACUCAGUAUCAGAGAUCGCAACAGAAUAGUGGUGAUCUUACCCCCUACAAACCCAAAUUUGAGCCCAUACUCCAAAUCAAACAACAAGAAGAAUUGCUUGUUGAAGAAUCAGAAUCUUCUUCUGAAGAAGAAGAAGCUAGUGAAGAUGAAGAAGCUAGUUUCAUCCAUGAGCAUAACCUCAAGCACUUUCAGAACAAGCUUGAGUCUCAAAAAAUUCCCACUCUUGAAAAAAUCAAGAAACUAUUCAAGCAGAAUAUCGAUGUAGAUCCUCAGAAGUUUUGGGAAAAAGACCCAGUGGUCUGUGAAUUGAGAUUGCAUGACAUGAAUGUCAUCUGUCAUGUCAAAGCCAUUCCUCAGUACAAAGAGGAAGAUCAAAAAGAAUUCAGAAAUGAUAUUGAAGAUCUCCUGAAGAAGAGAUUAAUUCAACCUUCCACUAGCCCUCAUCAUGCUCCAGCAUUCUACGUGAGAAAUCAUGCAGAAAAUCUACGAGGCAAAGCUAGAAUGGUGAUUGACUACAGAGAUGCCAACAUGAAGACUGUCAAAGACGGUUAUCAAAUUGCCCAAGUAAGAGUAUUGAUCAACCAGCUCAGAGGAGGCAAAGUCUUUUCGAAAUUCGAUGCAAAGUCGGGUUUCUGGCAGGUCAAGAUGCAUCCUGAGAGUAUUCCUCUCACUGCAUUUGGAACACCACAAGGUCAUUACGAGUGGCUAGUAAUGCCUUUUGGUCUGAAGCAAGCUCCCUCAAUCUUUCAAAGAAAGAUGGACAACAUCUUCAAGCAUGUAGCGGAGUUCUGCGUCGUCUACAUAGAUGACAUCCUGGUCUUCUCCAAAAACAGAGAAGAGCACAUGAAACACCUCCAUGAGGUAGUAAAGCUGAUAGUUCAGCAUGGAAUUAUCCUAGGCGAGAAGAAAAUCUUCUUUAUCCUUGAUGAAGUUGAUUUCCUAGGGAUAAACAUCAAGAAUGGAGUCAUAAAGCUCCAACCACACAUUCUUGAAAAGAUCUGGAAGUUCCCAGACAGAAUUCCUGAUGCUAAGAGUCUAGAGAGAUUCCUUGGUGUCAUAAAUUAUGGGAGAGACUUCAUCCCUAAAAUCUCAGGGUUAACAGCAAUGUUAUCUCCUAAGACAAGUUCCAAAAGAAAAUGGAACUUCACAGAAGAUGAUGAAAAGAUCGUGAAGCAGAUAAAAAAUCUCUGCAAAAACCUCCCUCCUCUUCAACAACCAGAAGAGAAUGAUGAAAUUAUCCUCCAGACAGAUGCGAGUGAUAAUUACUGGUCCGGUGUUGUUCUGGCGAGAGCGCUUGGAACUAACAUUGAAAAGAUCUGCAAAUUUUGUAGUGGCAAGUUCAGCCCUGCAGAACUGAAUUAUCCCACAGGGGAAAAAGAAAUUUUGGCUGUCAAGAAAACGAUUUUAAAUUCUCCAGCUUAUCUUGGAAAACCCUUUACUGUCCGCACUGAUUGUGCUAGAGUAAAGAAUUUCAAAAAUUUUAAACUUGAUAAAGCUGCUGAUAGAGGAAGAUUAGCAAACUGGCAAUUAUUUCUUAACCAAUAUGAUUAUACUGUUGAAUUAAUUGCAGGAAACAAGAACUAUCUUCAAGACGCAUUGACCAGAGAGAUGGCAAUGUUCAGCCAAAGAGACGACGACGAAGGUCGUAAUCCCAGAAGCAGAAGGACUGGGAAAGAACAGGAACCUGAAGAGGAUCCUAAAGAAACCAAAGAAAAAAUUCUUAAAAGGUUUCUGCUAAGUCCAAAAGGCUUGGCCUCAACUGAUCAAUCCCAGGGUAAAGGAUUGGCUAGCCCGUCUCAAACGGCAGACGGUAAAGGCACAUCAAGACCAUUGAUGGCUGCUGCUUUGCCAAAAAGCAGACUGACUCCAAGUGGAGUUAUAAAUGUUUUUAAUUAUGAAUUAAGAACUUUUGAUACUCCUGUGUUCAGAACUGGCAGGAGACUAGCCUAUCACCAGAAGGAAAUCAUGGAUAAUCUCUUAUUUGCCUUUCAAGAAAGAAGCAGUGGUCUGAUGUUCCCAGCUUUUUUUGCAUUAGCUGAAGAACUCUACGAAAAUGGUAAACCACAAGGUGAAGAGCUUCAUACACAGCAGAGUGCUGUAAGAAAAGAUAAAAUUUCCUUCCUUGAAAGUCCAGAAAGUACUAGGGUCCCUAUCAUGGCACUCAAUGAAUCAGACUGGCAUGAAUUCCAUAGUCUGAUAGGAAGGCAUAACCCUGAAAACCUAGUUCCUCCAACUCUCUUCAUCGUCGCAGGACCAUAUGUUGGAAGGUAUCUGGUAAAUGUUCAGAGUGAACAUCCCCAAGAACACAAGCUUUGGCUUGUUGAAAAUGGAUUUGUCCAUAAUCUGUGGACUAAAACUAAUGAUGAUCUAAAAGGUUUGCCGCCUAUUAUUGUCAACACAGUCAAGAACAUCAGGAAAAAUGACUGUAUGCUUCGUCUGAAGUUCAGAUCCACUCCUCCAGAAUGGAUCCAGAAGGCAAACGGUGAGGUUGAAUAUAUUCCUCCAUAUCAUUAUGUGAGAAUUAUUCAAAGAAAAUAUCUUCAACCAGCCUGUGUAGCAUACAAUGGUCAACCAAAUUCUAGCAUCCCUUGGAUGAAGGCCAUGGCUCUUGACUACAUCAAAAAGAUCAUCUCUGAAGAUAUCAACAAUACCUUCCUGGCAGCAGGAGAAAAGACAAUUAUCACUGCUUACGAUCAUCCUGACGUAGUCAGCAGUGACCUAUACCUAUCUCUAACCAGAAAAGAGAUAGACUCGACAAUGGCAUGCAUGCGCUGGGUGGAAAAGCUUGAAAAUGACAACCACCACAAGAUGUAUGUUGAUACAGACGUCGAGGACAAUGCAACAACAACUCGCAUGGCCCAGGCAGACAACAACUCCUUUGUCUUUGGCCACCAUUAUGAAACAAACGAGAACAUGUGAAGCUACAGGUGAAGAAUCAGCACCAAAAUAGCAACUGUAGACUUUUAGACUUUUCUAAAGCUACUUUUGCUUUUUCCUUUUCAAAAGGAAAAGGACAAGUGAAAAACACUUCACUUCUCACCUUUUGCUUUUCCCUGACCGACCUCCACCAGCAGGAGCACUCAAAAAAGCAAGAGUUCACGGAGUUGUUCUGUACAUUUUUAUGUUUUGAAUUCUAGUUUGAGUUCCGCUCCCUAUAUAAGGAGCUAGCUUUAGCUUCUCUUAGAAGCAUCGGAUACUUCCGAUAGCAAAAAAUCAGUUAGAAAAUAUAGCAGAAGAGUCUUCUCUCAAAUAUGAUAGGAGUGUGCUUCCCUUCCUGUCUAGGUGUGAAGUAGUGUGCUUUCAUCAAGUAAGUAGGUGUUCUCAUUCUUAUGGAUAGCUAAAUAGCUUUUGCUGUUUACCUGAGAAUGAGGCUCUGAAUGUUUUAACUAUAUGUAUAUUUGAAUAAAUUCAGAUGGUUGUUCACCCACUUCUUUAACCAAUAUUGUUUUAUCAGAUCAUUUGUUUUUAUCAAGUUCAUUUGUUUUUAUCAGUUCAUGAUAAUUGUCAUUCAUAGUUUACUAUUUAAAUGCAUGCAUCCCAUGGAAAUCCAAGGUUCUAAAACUUUACUGUUCAUCUGAAAGAAUCAGUUUUAAAACAGAAAAAAUUAGGACAAGCAGCAGUAAUUCCGCCCUGUGAGUAGCCGCUUAGACAAGGAGUCGUUAGGCGAAAUGUGGCAUGUUGAAGGCUAGUCUUGUUUUUGUUUUGACGUUUUUUUCUGUUCCUUUUGUUGAAUAGAACUGUAGAAGAAUCUAAAGGUCAACAUAGGAUACAAAAGGCAUUUGUUUGUUUAAAACAUCCCUGUUAGUCUUUUUCUAUCAACAACAGCGUAAUACCAAAGUGUUGGGCAGUUGGGAAAAAUACCAAGGCUUUUUGGGUAUACGGGAAAAGACCCAAAAAACUAAUACAUAGGCCCAAAGAACAAGCCUAAUCCAUAACUGAAAACCUAGCUACUGCAGACCACCUCACGCCGCCGACCAUGUAGAAUCGCUGAUGUGUCGCCGGAAGCAGUACACCAAGUAGUUCCAUGUUGAAUAACCGAUGCCAAUCAAAACCCAUGACACAAAUCAUAUGAAAACCAACAACCCAAGGAAGAAGAUCCCUCAAAACAACCUUAUCCUGUCCACCAUCAAGACCCAAACCAAGAAAGAGUUGUGGCUGCUGAAAGAGGAUUGAGAACUAGAGCCGAGAACCAGAACCAUGGAGAAUGGGGGGUGACGAACCCAUGCUGAGCACCCAUACUCCCUUAGGUAAGUGCCUUACACUUUAUCAUUGCAGCCAUAGUAGCUCUUAUGGAGGUUGAAAGUGAAAUGAGAAGACUUGUUUUGGGGUUGGGUAACCAAAGAUCUGGAAAGAUGUGGGAUUGAUUGACAUUGAGAAAGACAAAAAGAGGUGAGGAACAAUGUCCUCCCGAUCUGGACAGUGCCAGGAAUGAACUGGACAUAGCCAGAAAAUACCACAAAGGGAGCAAAAGAACACCAUAAAGGUGAGACAAGAGCAGCAGAUUCUUGAGGACGCUGAAAAGGAUCAAGGAGAAGCUUAAGCCUUCAAUCUAGAUCCAGAGGGAUUAAGAUUGGGCACAAGGGAAGGGGGAGGGGUUUUUUUUCCAGAUCUACUUUCUCUCUCUACAGUUUAGAGAGAGGGUCUCGGUUUGUUUGAUAAACUUUAGCAAUGGGAUAUAUAAACUAUGGAUUUGGUUUCAGAAUUCAUGGACUUCAAGAGUAACUCUGCAGUAUUGCAGAUAGGCUUACACACUUUCCAAUGAUGAUGUCGAUUGAAAUACUUGAGAGAAACUAGUUUUGACACAAUGAUUUGUAGUCAUCAGUCAAAUGAUGCUCAGCUGCCCAGUCCUGCAAGGCCUUUCUGUCAGGAACAACCAAGCAACAAGAAAUGACUUGAAGGUAAAUUUGGACAAGGCUGGUUACCUCAGAGACACACUUGACCACAAGGACAGAUCAAUAUAUCCAAAGCAACCAAUCCAUUUUGUGUAGAUUGUGAUGGAUAAUCUGAGAUGCAGGCAAGUAAAUUGGUAAACAAAUUUGACAAUUGGGGCACAAACAGUCUUAGUUUUAUAUGUUUCUUGUAGUAUCAGUUCUUAAAAAAAGAAAGCAAUACAUUGUUUGAAUGUAAAACCAGUUCGUUCGAAAAAUCGAAUUAUGAAGGACAGAAUUACUGACCUUUUUAAAGCCAAGCUUGUGCUUCGUCUUUUGGAAGACACUACUUCAGA